CAACACAAAUGGAAGCUACUACUGUCAGUGUCCGCUGGCGUUUGCUGGAGACAACUGUGAAAUGCAUUGUGAUCACCACAACAUGAACCUUGGUUUCAUGGUGGAUGGGUCUGCAACCGUGGAACUUCGCGGUGAAGGAAAUUUCAACAAGUCCCUCGAGUUCGUGGCCAACUUGAUCGCGUCUUUUGAUGUAUCUGAUAAUACAACAAAUCCUGGAAUGGUUGUUUUCUCCGAAGAUCCUCACCUAGUGUUUAAUUUUUCGGAACAUAAAAAUUCUGCAGAUGCAAUGGCUGCAGUCCAAAUGGCUACCUAUCCAGGCCGUGGAAGGAAAACUGGAAAAGCCCUAAACUUCGUUCGUCGUAACUUGUUUUCGGAUUCUGCAACUCAAAACAAUAAACUGAAUUAUCUCAUCAUCCUAGCAAGUGGUGCUUCAUACGAUCUGGUGAAAACACCAGCAAAGUUGCUGCGCGAAAAGAACGUCACCAUUUUCACCAUAGGGGUUGGUGAGGACUAUGACGUCGACGAGCUGAAACUGAUCACUGGUGAUAAUGGCACGCGAGUAUAUGAAACAUCGUUUAAAGAUCUUGGAGAUUUGAACAGCAAGUUGAAAAAGGAAGUCUGUCGAUUGCAAGAACUUAACAAAUGCAGCUCCUCACCUUGCUUAAAUGGUGGCACUUGCAUCAACACUGGUCAGAAUUUCCGCUGCGUCUGUCCACGUAAUUUCUAUGGAAGCCGGUGUGAGCUUGGUUGUGGACUUACAGAACUGGGUCUCAAAACUCCAAACACACGUCGAGUCCCAGACAAGUACAUUUCGGCAUCAUCGCAGAGAGACAGUAACCACGCGGCUCACCGAGCGAGGGUUGGCAUCGAAGUUAUCGGUAGCUGGGAGGAUGGUUGGUGUUCAUCACAAACUGACACUGCACCCUACAUCCAAGUGUUCUUUGAAUACUUAACGAAUAUCACUGAGAUUGAGACCGAAGGUGUUCAAGAUGAAACAACAAACUUAUGGGUUGAAAGCUAUUAUGUAUCAACAAGUAACAGCACUGACGAGGCGUCUUUUGUCGAAUAUACUGAAGAAGGCGAGACAAAAUUAUUUGAAGCCAACAAAGAUGUUUCAGCGACAACCGUCAGUCUCCAUAGCACCAAUGCUCACUUUAUCAGAAUUCAUCCAGUGAACCACACCGGACAGUUUGCCUGCAUGCGGUUAGCUCUGUAUGGAUGUGACAAAGGAGAGGGUUUCAUGGAGUUUCCACGCACGCCUCUACAGAGAGUAAACGACGCUCCGCUGACUAAAGAUCCUCUGUUUGAUACACGUUUAGCAGUGAUACCCGUGGCAGUGUUCGUUGGUCUUCUCGUGAUGUCACUG